AUGUGUUCUAACACUCAGAGCUGUCUGUUGAACAUUGCUGGAUCACAAGAUAUCAUUUGCACUGUCGAUCUUCAACACAACUGUAUUGAUUCGAAGUGCGUAAACAUGCACCAGCAACACCUACAUCAAGAACAGAUCCAAACUAUUCAAACGAAGCCUGUUGUCGACCAUCAGCCAACUCUGUACUUCUUCCUCAAUGCCUACUCGAUUCACAACUGUGAUCUUAUCUGGCUGGUCAUACCUGAGGUGCUUCACGAGUCACCAUUGAGAGUCGCCAAUUCGGCUGAAGUUUGAACUUUAGCCAUACAGCAGAUGAAAUACAAGAAGGCAGCAAAGAAAUCAGGCAGCAUCCCC